AUGGCCGACGAGAUCCGCCGCUCCGGCCGCGCCAACAAAGGCCACCACACCAAGAACGCAGAUUCCCUCGACGAGCCCUCCCCCGCUCCCAAGGCCAAGGCGCCACCAGUUCCGGAGAAGAAGGGACAGGCGCAAACCAAGAAGGGACAAGCAAAGGCACAGUCACAGCGAGCGCAGUCGACGCAGUCCUCUCAGCAAGAUGAGGAAGAGGAGGAUGCCAUCAUCCGCUGUGUCUGCGGCGACCAGCGCGACAUCCGUGGACGCCAGAUGAUCUGCUGCGACAGCUGCGAGGCCUGGCAACACAACAAGUGCCUGGGCCUCCCCGAGGGCGACUUCUGGGAGGGCAAGAACUACUAUUGCGAGCAAUGCAAGCCCGAAGACCACACCGAGCUGCUCGCUGCCAUGGCGCGUGGAGAGAGACCGUGGGCGCGCAAGAAGGGCUCCAAGCCCAAGCCCCGCCCCAGCGACGUCAAGCAGGAGGCCGUCUCUGAGAAGGCCAGCACGCCUCAGCAGUCGGCCACGCCCUCACAAACCGCUCAGGUCCCGGCUGAGGCUCCCACGCCCACGCCUGCUCCCGUCACUGUGCCUACACCAGAGGCCUCCAACGGACAUGCAGAGCCAAAGCAGGAGACGAGUCAGCCACAAUCGCCACUUGGUGAGAAGCGUCGCCAUGAGCCUGCCACUGAAAAGGCCAACGCGAGCAAGAAGCGCAGAAAGUCCAGCCACCACGAGAGCAAGCCUACCCCCCAGUCAGCCCCAGUCGGCGACAUCGACUCGCUCCCGCAAAACCAAAAGGCUGUGGCGGAGAAGCUUCGGGACACACUCGCACCGUUGAUCAGCACCGCCUCGGAGACCAGGGGUUUCCGCAUACCGGAUGGGCAGACUGCCAAAUCUCUGGCCACCAAGUACACUCUCGAAAUGAGCCAUGCCGCUUUCAAUCUCUACGGAGAACCUACUGGCUCGUCUUCGCCAUACUUCACCAAGAUUCGUACCAUCAUGUUCAAUGUCAAGAAGAACACGGUGCUUGUGGAUCGCCUCCUGUCUGGGAGCUUGAAAGCUGAUGAUCUAGUCAGUAUGGAGGCUGAAGAGAUGGCGAGCGAGGACAAGCAACGUGAAUACGCAGCCAUGCGCGAAGCGGCCGAGAAGCAGAUGAUCUUAACCGAGGAGGCCGGGCCGCGACUACGCAAGACACACAAGGGCGAGGAGAUUGUCGGCGAAGACAACUUCGAGAACGACCAUGACGACUUUAAGCAGCCCACACUCCGCGAACGAGAGAGCAUCACCGAGGACACUGCGAUGCAGUCACCAUCCGGAACACGCCCUCCGGAGAGUCCCGCUGGUGCAUCACGAAGACCUACAGAGAUUGACACCGCCCAGUCUGAGCACGCACGACGAGCAUCGGCCAACUUCGACAUCAACUCCGUCUUUGACAAAGUUCGAUCGCCACAGCAUGAUCAGCAGGCCUUCCUCCAGCGUCGCCAAAGCUCAAUGCACAUGCAAGACAAGCCUCCGGCUGCAGUUGAUGACGCCGACGUCGACCGUUUGCUCAAAGACGAAGACAAUGAUGUUGAGAUGUCAGGAUACUCCUCGGACCCGACUGUUUGCUGGCAGGGCUCCAUCAACAUGCAGUCAAUGGAGCCUUUCGAUGCGGUCGCUCGAUUCGUCGCUGGUGGUGACUUCGGUCAGAUCGUGCCCUGGGAGAAGCUGCUGACCAACACCGUGGCGAUCCAAGGGCGCAUCGAAAGCGCAAAAGGAAACGACUACAUCCAGAACAUUGGCCACACCGAAAGCCAUGAAGUUUCCAUCCUGGCCGUCAGUCCUGUUACAACGGAUGGACGCACCAUCAUGGACCAUCUGUAUGAGUACUUCCACUCACGCGGCAGAUGGGGAGUAGUACCUGUCGAAGAUAACGACAUCCUGCGCGACCUCUACGUCAUUCCUAUUGAGGAGGGCGGCAGCAACCUCCCUCCUUUCAUCGACAUGCUCGAGUACUGCACAAUCGAGACCCCUCGCAAGGAACAUAUGUUGAUCCUAGCCAUGGUCGCUAAGCUUCCCGAGAUCAAGCCUCAGCUUCCACCUACCCAACACUUCGAGCGAUACCCAGAACAAGAGAUUGCAACUGGUCAAGUCGCCCCGCCUGUUCUCAACAACGGCCCAUCGCCGCUUAGCAACCCUCACGCACCUCAGUUCUCGCCUGUCAGUGCUGCCUACCCACCAGGCGGCCAGUACGGCAACCCGUUCGCCGCACCGCCUGCAAACAUGGUCCCGGUCCAACAACCCACGCCACCCGUCAACGGCCCGCCGCAUCACCAGAUCCCCAAGGCACUUGAGAUUCUCGGUCCAUACAUCGAUGCGCCAGUCAUUGUUACGAUCUUGGGAUCUAGUUUGUCCCAAAACUCUGUAGUCUCGGAACUGCAGAUGAUCAACCUGAGGCAUAUCGUCGAAACGGUACCGGAAGCACGCGACAACAUCACAGUGCUUACGAACCACCUCCGCUCAAAGACCGAGUCGAAUGGCCAACAGCAGGCACAGCCAUCUGGAGCCCCGUAG